AUGCGUCCCACCGCACUCCUUCUGGCGAGGCCAGUUAAGUCGAAGCCGAAGCCGCCCAAGGUCACCCUCUCUACUCCCCGGAUCUACACAUCCAACAGCCUCUCACCUUGGUACAACCUCUCUUACGAGGACUGGCUCUUUCGCAACACUCCUGUAGAGGUGCCUAUCCUGUUCUUGUACCGGAACGAGCAUUGUGUUGUCAUCGGGAGAAAUCAGAAUCCUUGGCUCGAAACGUCCCCCCGCCUCCUGGCCUCCCGGGGCUGGCCCCUUGUGCGCCGACGCUCCGGCGGCGGCGCAGUAUUCCACGAUCCAGGCAACUCCAACUUCUGCAUGCUGCUCCCACGAUUGACAUUUCACCGGCCGACACAGACCACAAUGGUACGUCAAGCGGUCCAGAAGCUCGGCGAGCGCCGUGCCCGGGAGAAUGGCCGGUUCGACGUCUUUGUGGAUGAGUUCAAGAUUUCGGGUUCGGCGUUCAAGAUCAUCGCUGAACGUGCAUACCAUCAUGGGACGAUGUUACUCAGUACUAACUCGGAGCUGGUGCGCGAGGCGCUCACGAGCCAAUUUGAUAAGCGGAUGAUCACGGAGUCGAUAUUGAGCAAGACUUCGCCAGUGAUGAACUUGGUGGAGCUUGCAGGGUGGGAACCGGAAAAGGACGGAGAGGCACUAGAGGAGGAGCCUGCGAUCAAGGCUGGAACAGAAGUAGAGAGCAUGCUUCCGGAGGUGGCUGAUCCAACAGAACGCUUCACCCACGAACGAUUCAUCACUGCCAUGACGGAUGUGUGGGAAGAGCGCUUCGGUCCUGGUGAAAAGAUUGCGGUGACUGAGGAAGAGAUGCGGGAAAUAGCCAUGGUACAAAAGGGCGCGGAAGAGCUCUCUUCCUGGGACUGGGUAUAUGGCCAGACGCCAUACUUCACCUUGCGCGGCAAGCUACCACAACCCGACCUUACUGAAAAGGUGGAAUACAAGGUGUACCAUGGGGUUAUCAAAGACAUCGGUUUCCCGGCUCUCCAGGAACCGUCCCAGGACGCAAAGCGACUCGCCAGAGCCCUCGUAGACAGCACCGCUACGUUCCAGGAAGCAAUGGGCGAGCUUCCGCCAUCUGCGACUACAGCAAAACAGGAUGAUCCAGCAUAGAUUGACGAGUAUUAUUUUUCUUGGUACAUCAGGGCAUAGAGAGCAAGAGAUGCAAUGCAGUGCCGUGUCCAGACGGCGGAUAUCGUAUGAAUGCCAAUAGAAACUAAGUAAGAACCUUUAGACACCGCUCACAGAACGGCCCCUUCCCCUUCCACCCCGUGUCGAGAUCGCACCUUGCCGACCCAAGCCCGUCCUUGUCCGGGUUGCAACACCUUCUGCUGGGUUACCUGUCGACAAUGCGUUGUAAGCAGCGACCCGUUGCUUCGUUGUGCUCCGAGUGAGCGGCCGAUCGGCC